AUGGAUAUCCUCCGCCGGAAACGAAGCAAUGGCACGCAGCAGGCCAGUAUGCCGCCGCCCUCUGCUCCCUCGCUCACUUUUACGCCCAUCUCACCCGUGUCACCCAUUUCUCUCGAUGGCGUUUCUUCAAGCACAAGCAGCGGAUCCAAAGGAGGCUCAUCUACUGCGGCCAUCAGCAAGUCCAGGUCACAUAAUGACAUGACUGGGUUAACCACCAACUCGCGUACGAGCUCCAUUGACAGCAACAAGAGCGGCUUCUUCCAUGGCUAUAUGCCACGAGCUAUGCGGACACUGAGCCGUGGUUCGAAUGCGUCGAUACGUCAGUCGGCCGCGUCCUCUACCACCUCCAUGAACACGGCAGCCACCCCGCCUGACGUGACGCCGUCGUCUUCUUCACCGCAGCAGCAGUUCAUUUCACAAUUCCCCCGCAAAGUCCUUCGCAAGUCACACAAGCGCAAGUCGUCCAGCCAUGAGCUCAACAGUCGUCGCGGCUCGACUAGUUCUGAUGUCUUUAGCCGCAUGUCCCGGGCCUCGACCACCAUGAGCGGCAGCUCUUCCAGCAACGUCAUUGACUGGCGCAUUCAACCCAUCGAGAUGCACACCUCGCUCGACUACCCGGAGUCCCUGUCUUCUAAGAACCGGCUAAGCUACCUCGUUGCCACAGCCGACUACAUCAUCAUCUUUAAGACGCGAGCCGAUGCCUUUGCUGCCCUCCCUCAACUAGCCGACGUUGCUGCCCAGAGCCCGGAGAGCGCUACGACGUCCAAACCUUCGUCCAUGCUGCCACCCGCCGACCCGGUCCAUGUUAUUCCACUACACGCAAUCAUCUCUGUCUUUCGCGCUGACACCAUGCGUCCCCCGUAUGGCAUUGAGAUUUGGUGGCGCAUGCCAUAUCCUGCUAUUGCUACUUGCAGCUCGACCAUCUACUUUAAGGACGGCCGUGACCGGGAGAAUUAUCUCGAUAUGCUUGCCUCCAUGGUCAAGAUGCGCAACCAGGACCAGCCUGACGCAUCGCGUGUCUACUAUGAAGUGGAAGAGUGCAUCCGCAAGGUCUUCCAAGCAGAGGAGCCAGGCUUCACCAACACCAUCCCCGAGAUCUUCCCUGUUGUCUACCGGAACGCGCCCGAUCGUAUCAAAUCCAAGGCAGACGACAAGCAACUCAGAAAGGGUCAGAUUGAAGGUGUCUCGUCUCACUACUUGGUUGUUGGUGUGAACCUGUGUUUCUUUAUACAGAUUAGUCGCGCCUCUGCUGUGCAAUCGACUGCCCUCGAGAUGAAGUACCAAACCUGUGGCCUUGUCACACUGGAGUCGUUUGCAGCUGACUGGACGUCUCGAGAUGAGCGGUUUGCUAUGCGCUUUCGGGAUCCUUUCAAGAGCCCUGUUGGCCUUGAGCUGUCAAGUCGUCACUACCGCCGCAUCAUCCUGACACUCACCAAAGCCGAUAAGUUCCUGAAGCCCGCCUGGCCGACUCAGUGGCAGAUCCAAGAGGUGUUCCACGUUGCCGGCCUCCCAACGCCUCAGCACAUUGUCGCUGGCGAGGAUUUCGGUGGUUUCCAAAGGACACUUUCUGCUUUCUAUGCUGCAUACCGUUGCAACCCUGUGGACUGGGAAAUUAACUGGCGCACGCCCUUUGCACCCGAGUUCCGUGUACUUCCUUCAGUAAAGGGGGUGUACACUGAUCUGCAGCUGCUUGCUGUUUUGCGCGCCCUGCGGUACAAUGACUACUUCAAAUCCCUCUCUUUUUGCGACGUCGACUUGUCUGGUCUCCUUGGCAAGUUUGACAGCUCCAGGAAGGGAAACGUCGCUUACUUGAGUCGCAAUGGAGUCUGCUUAACCCCACACGAAACCUCUCUGGUACAGAAGGCCAGCAUCCUCUACCAGGAGUUCCACGCUCUGGCGUUCUCCUCUGGCAAAGUCCGACAAAUUGACUUCACCAACUGUCUCCCGGCGCUUUCUAAGGACGGUGAUGCGAGCAGCCGCAGCGUUCAGUUUGUCGUUCCUAUCAUGAACCUUCUAGCCGCUGGUCUCACUCGUUGCAACCGCCUUCUCCUUCGGGGUUGUCACCUAGGGGAUAUUGACGUUGAUAGUCUUGCUAGUGAUCAGCCUGAAGGCGUUAUUGCUCCAGGACAGGAGGCUGUCAGCCUGGAAGCCCUCGAUGUGGCCAGCUGUGGCCUGGCUGACCUGCAUAUGAAAAUGCUGUUCCAGGCGCUUUCACAGUCAGCUUGGACACUUCAAAUGCUGGAUGUGUCACAGAACUUUGGCCGUGCGCCGGCGGCUCUGAUCCAGCAAUUUAUGGAAUCGGUCGGUAGCCUGAGACAACUCAACCUCGCGAGUGGCAUCACGGGCACUUUUGAGGGCGAGCUUCUUCCGCUUGAGGUCCUCGACCGGCUUGAGUACCUCGAAGUGCUGGACAUCUCGAACUUCAAGCUCAACGAGAGUUCCAUCAACGCCCUGGAGACGUUCUUACAAACCCUAUCGGCACGCCAAGCAUCUAUGCAGAACGGCGGUUACGGCUAUUCUCUCCGACGCCUGGUGCUGAACAACUGCGGCAUCACGGGGCAUCUAGCUGGCCGCAUCUUCAAUGCCAUGGCUGGCCUGUACGACAUCCACCUCCACCUCAGCAGCAAUCCUCUCGAGGAUGGUAUCGAGGACUUUGUCUCGGCACUGGGACACAACUGGGGCGGCCGCUUCGGUCUGCAUCUCAACAUGAUCGAGUUCCAAAACGAGGCAAAGUACAUUCAGCUUAUGGGUGCCCUGGCUUCGAACCCGUUCAUCGAUUACUUGAGCUUGGUCGGUACCGCCCCGGUUCCGGUCACCGAUGACGCCUGCAGCGACAACACGAUCGAAGCAUUGGAACGUUUCUUUGAGGAGAAUCAGUCUGUGCGAUACCUUGACAUUUCUGGCUACUGUGGCAAGCUGGACGAUGGACAGUUGGGCAAAGGUUUCGGCCGUGCCCUUCGAGGCCUCGCGAACAACAAGACGCUGACACACCUUCGCGUGCGCAACCAGAGACUGCACGACAGCACGGGCACGUUCGGCACAGCCGUGCAGGCUAACAAGGCCCUGCUAUACCUUGAUUGCGGUGACAACGGGUUCAAUGCCACCAGCCUGCUCUACAUGGCUAAGAGCCUCGAGACCAACACCACCCUUCUUGUGUAUCCGUUCUCAUCUGAGGAUCUCGAGGAUGUGCUGAAGCAUUGCGUCAAAGACAUUCCUCCUCCGCCAUCUCCGACACAGCCGUCCAACUCAAAGCACAAGAAGAAGCUGUCUGGCCCCACAGUCGAUCCCGGCCUGGAGCGCCAAAAGGAACUUUUGCGAGGCGAGAUCGAGGCAGCGGCCUCAGAGAUCAUGUCGUACAUGUCGCGCAACAUGACCAAGCUGCAGCAGGACACGGGCUGCGUCCUCGACUUGGGCGAGGCGUACGACACAUGCGGAGAGCGGGGCUGGCCAAGCCUCCAGCUUCGCAUGCCCGAGGGUGUCAUGUUCACGACGACGCCCAUGGAGGAGGAGGAGGAGCAGGAUAUGCAGGACCAGUCAGACGGCCAGUCUAUGGACCAGCUGUCCACGGGUCCGCAAUCUUCGUCACAUAGCGGCGCGUCAGGCACUCCCGCACGCCAGCAACCCAUCAACUCAUCCAUGGUGGCGCCGCAGAUCACGGAGGACAUGCCGUAUCGGGUGCAGCCUGACGACGAAGCCCUUAACAGUCCCAUCGAUGGCUCGGGUCUCAGCUGGGACCUACCCAAGACGCCCAAGGUUGCAUCGGAAACGACCAUUGAUACCACGCUUGAUAGUUCAUUCCUGGAGAAGGCCUUUCUCGCCGAGCCCGAUCUGUCCAAAAUUCUGGAAAAGUUUACGAUGGCGGAUGGCACUGAGUAUGUCAUCUGCACAGAGUCGUAA